AUGGACCGCCUCCUGCUCUCCCACCCACCCCUCCCCGCGGCAGGCACCGACGGCGACCUCCUCGAGCUCGAUGUGCUCUGGCUCGCCGCCCCAUCCACAGUAGGGCUCGGGAUCCUCGCCACGCUCCCGGAGGGUGAGGGCAAGAAGAAGACGAAGCGCGCCGCGGUUGGGGGCAGCGGGUGCGAGGGCCCCAUCGCGAGGUCAGUGCCGCUACGGAUACCAUCGGAUCCCGUUCAGAGGGGGAGGUACUCCCACGCCGGCGCGGGAGCGGGUGGCAGUGCGGAGGACGCCGCGGUGGUCCCCUCGCACGAGAUCGUGUAG